GACAGUAGUCAUCAAGAUUGAAGACUGGAUGUCUGUGGCUCUGCAAGCUGCCGCGAAAACGCUGCGUCGCUUUGAAUAAGAAAUGUGAGCCAACGAGAUGCGUUGCUUUAAAGCUCAAUCGCAAUCGUAGUCGCUGGAGGAGUGAGAAAAAAAGAAGAAGAGAGAGAGAGAGAGAAUUUGAGAGUGAUCGAUAGAGUGGGAGACGUGUUCCCAAUUUGGUCCGUGUAAAAAUGGAGGACGAAGGGAAGAACACGAAACACCAAAACACUACCUCAUUUGAUUUCUCCGGUUAUUUUCCUUAUCGGUUUUCUUGUUCAUAGAGGUUGGUUUCUUCUAUUGGUUCUGCUUCUCCGUUCUUGAUCUGUCAUGGCUGAGCAAUCUUCUUCAUUUAGUCGGAACUCGACCGAAUUUGAUGAUGUCGAAGAGUUUGUCUGGGCAAGUGAAGGGGAGACUAACAUGUCAUGGGACCGGUUUGGUCAAGUUUUUGAUCUCAUGCAGAAGGGGAAUAGAGCAUUCCGAGAGGGACGAAUCGAAGAUGCAAUCAGUUAUUACUAUAAAGCUCAUAAUUUCAAGCCUGGUGAUCCUGUUAUUCUUAGCAAUCGAAGUGCUGCUUUUAGCAGGAUGUGUGAACUUCUUAAAAAAAGACCUGCUUCCACUUCUGAAUAUAAACCAUUGAAUGGUUUGGAUCCAACUACACAUGCUGAGCUUGCCUUGAAGGAUGCUGAGAAGGUGAUGAGCUAUCGAAGUAAUUCACCAAAGACGUACUUUCUGAAGGCCAAUGCUCUUAUAUUGCUAGAACAAUAUGAGUAUGCUCGGGAUACUCUUCUUUCAGGCCUUCAGGUUGAUCCUCUUAGCAAUCCUCUUCAAGCCUGUCUUCGGAAUUUGGAGAACAUGUCAGCUGGUUUAGUCAGCAGGAAGAGAAAUGGGAAACCACAACGUACUGAUGACUUUGAUUGCACACUUUGUUUGAAGUUGUUAUAUGAACCUAUAACAACUCCUUGUGGGCAUUCGUUUUGCCGAUCGUGUUUAUUUCAGUCUAUGGACCAUGGUAACAAAUGUCCAAUGUGUCGGACUGUUUUAUUUAUUAAUCCCAAAACAUAUUCACUGAGUGUGACGCUGAACAACAUUAUACAGAAGAACUUUGCAGAGGAAUAUGCUGAAAGGAAGUCAGAGCAUGAGAAUUUGACAAAUUUAGGUGUUGAUUUGCUGCCUCUCUUUGUCAUGGAUGUCAUCCUCCCAUGCCAGAAGUUGUCGCUCAACAUAUUUGAGCCCCGCUACAGACUUAUGGUGAGGAGGAUAAUGGAAGGAAAUCAUCGAAUGGGAAUGGCUGCCAUUGACUCUACAACAGGUGCCAUAGCUGAUUUGGCUUGUGAAGUUGAAAUAACUGAGUGUGAGCCACUUCCAGAUGGUCGUUUCUAUCUAGAGGUUGAAGGUCGUCGAAGAUUUCACAUCCUCCGAUCAUGGGACCAGGAUGGGUAUCGAAUUGCAGAAGUAGAAUGGGUACAAGAUAUUUCUCCACAGGAAGGGACAAGAGAGAGGGGAGAUUUACAGGAAGUGGCUAGUGAGGCAGCGGAAUUUGCUCGUUCAUGGAUAAGGAGAGCAAAAGAAGCAGCACGAACAGGUAGGAGAUCAAGGCAAAUUGAACUCCUUCAAGCUGAAGCAGUGCCCAUACCACAGGAUCCUGAGCGCUUCAGUUUUUGGCUUGUGAGCUUGUCAAGCCUAAGGCCAUCUGAUAAAUUGGAACUAUUGCGUUUAAGAGAUACAAAAGAGAGGAUACAACGGGGGCUAAUUUAUCUGAGAGCCGAAGAACAGGGCUGUCGAAUGCAAUGAAGUUGUAGAAACAGGUUUCAGUGCUUUGUAGUUGUACAUGGAUAUGGUAAAAGUAACUGAUAAAAGAAUGGAUUUUGGUAAAAUUCAAUUUGUUUCAAUAUAAAUUCUUAUUCUUUUGCUCCAUCCAA